AUGUCCCCUUUCUCUCUCUGUCUCUCCAAAUAUAGUUGAUCUUCCACUCUACUUCAUUUCCACCCCCCUUUUAUAUUCCACUCUAAUUUUACGUGGUCACAAACAAUCUCAACAUAUUAAUUCUCAUUCUCAUAAUAAUAUAUCUCCAAAAUUUUAUUUAACAUAUAAAAACUACUGGAUCUACUUUAAUUAAAAGAAGAAAUGAAAAACGAUAAUAUGGUAAUUGUUGAAGAAGGAUUUGUGUACGAAAAGGAAACACAUCUUACGGUUAUGAAAACUUCACUUUUUUUCUCUGGCGAUGGUUUUGCUGUUUACGAUUGCAACGGUCAACUUGUUUUCCGAGUUGACUCGUAUGGUCCGGAUGCCCGUGAUUCGGGUGAACUCGUUCUCAUGGAUCCCAACGGUCGAUGCCUCCUUACUGUCCGCCGUAAGAGGCCAAGUCUACACCAACGUUGGGAAGGCUUUUUAGGCGAAAGGAGAGAAGGGGAAAAACCGAUAUUUAGCGUAAGGCGUUCGUCGAUAAUUGGACGAUCAAACAUGACGGUCGAGUUGUUCAACGAUAAAACGGAAGAGUUUCAAAUCGAAGGCCAUUUUGGUAACCGAAAUUGUACGAUAUUCGAUUCAGCAAAAGAAACAGUGGCUGAAAUUAGACGUAAAGUAGAUGCUACAACAAAUGUGAUGCUUGGAAAAGACGUAUUCUCGCUAACAUUGAAACCGGGGUUUGAUGGUGCAUUUGCGAUGGGAUUGGUUUUAGUUCUUGACCAAAUCAACGGUGAUGAUGAUGGCGAUGGAGAUCAAGAUCAUAAUGAAGAUGGUGUUGUCGAUGAUCAUAAUCAAGACCCUACCAUCGAAGAGCGUCAUUUGUCGUCUUGAGUUAUUACUCCAUUAUUAUUACUAUUUUUUAUUAAUAAUAUAAUAAUAAUGGAAAUAAUAGAUGUUUCAAGUUUUCUACUA